AAAAAUGGUUAAAAGCAGGAGCGUGUUAGCGGCGGUGCGGCUCGCUUUGAAAGGAUUGUGUGGGUUCACUCGGGUUGAAUGGAGAGUGGAGAAGGUUUUUUAAUUCAAAAUAAGUCCCGAUUAGUGUGAAGUUAUGAAAAACAAUCGGGGGGCUCAUGUCAGCUAACUAACUAGCUGCGUGCCUCUAAGCAACAACAACAACACGGACGGAGCACAGCUGUCUGUUUUCUGUAGCGUCUCAGGAGGAUGUCUAUGAAUGCUCCUGUUGGCAGUUUUGGGAUUAAUCCUAUGGAUAUUGUUGCUACUGUGGAGGAUUAAUACCAGAGCAGUGGCAAUGCCUCUGAAAGGAGAGGAAUCUCCAUCUGGCUUUGCUCCAUCUGCAGCCGAGGAGGACAUUCUGGCUACAGGAGAACAUUCUGUGUCAGCAGUUGCUGCCACUUCAACAAACAAUCAGGAUAACAGUCCACAGGCCGACGGUGAAUCCUCUGGUCUCCAAGUCAAAACAGAGUCCUUUGAGAAUCUACAGGCCUCUUCUGAGGUAAAGUCAGAGCAGCCAUCGGUGCCUAAGACCACCCAGACACGUUCUAAGACCAUCUCAGCAAUGCUCAGCUCAGGGCCUGAGGCAAGGGAACGCCUCAAGUUCAUUCUUGGAGCAUCAGAGGAUAACUCUUCAGACGAGGAACCUCUAGUCUCGAAACCUCCAAGUGGAGCAUCUCAGCCACCAAACUCCACCCCCAGAUCUUCCCCUCAGCAGGCCACCUCUGCAGUGCCACAGCCCAGCUCCUCGGGCAUCAAGCCUAGCAUGUCUGGUCCUCACUUGGUGAAAAAAGGACGAGAACACAGAAAGAUGGAUCUACAGAGGGACUUCACUGUGGCCUCUCCUGCUGAGUUUGUCACACGAUUUGGUGGCAACCGUGUCAUAGAAAAAGUGCUGAUAGCUAAUAAUGGGAUUGCUGCAGUCAAAUGUAUGCGCUCCAUCCGUCGCUGGUCCUAUGAAAUGUUUCGCAAUGAGAGAACCAUCCGCUUUGUGGUCAUGGUGGCUCCUGAAGAUUUGCAAGCUAAUGCAGAAUACAUUAAAAUGGCAGACCAUUAUGUGCCUGUACCCGGUGGCACCAACAAUAACAACUAUGCCAAUGUAGAGCUGAUAGUGGACAUUGCGAAAAGAAUCCCAGUACAGGCUGUGUGGGCCGGUUGGGGACAUGCGUCUGAAAAUCCCAAACUGCCUGAGCUCCUGAACAAAGCAGGGAUAUCAUUCAUGGGGCCAUCCAGUAAGGCCAUGUGGGCUUUAGGGGAUAAGGUGGCUUCUUCCAUUGUGGCCCAGAGUGCUGACAUUCCCACACUGCCAUGGAGCGGCUCAGGUCUAAGAGUGGACUGGGCUGAAGAGGACCAAAGGCAGGGAAAUGUAAUCAGUGUUCCUCCAGAGAUCUACACUGAGGGCUGCGUUCAUGAUAUAGAUGAUGGACUAGCAGGAGCUGAGAGAAUUGGUUAUCCGGUUGUUAUCAAAGCGUCUGAGGGUGGUGGUGGAAAAGGUAUCCGGAAAGUUGAAAGUUCUGAGGAUUUUCCAAGUUCCUUUAGACAGGUCCAGACAGAGGUACCUGGCUCACCCAUCUUCAUCAUGCAACUGGCUCAGCAUGCCCGUCACCUUGAGGUCCAGAUACUGGCUGACGAGUACGGAAAUGCGAUCUCUCUGUUUGGGCGAGACUGCUCUAUCCAGAGGAGGCACCAGAAGAUCAUAGAGGAGGCUCCUGCCACUAUAGCUGCUCUCUCAACAUUCGAGCAGAUGGAGCGGUAUGCUGUGCGACUAGCCAAGAUGGUGGGCUAUGUGAGUGCGGGUACGGUGGAAUAUCUCUUCUCUGAAGAUGGAAGUUUCCAUUUCCUGGAGUUGAAUCCUCGUCUGCAGGUGGAACAUCCCUGUACAGAGAUGAUCGCAGAUGUAAAUUUGCCAGCUGCCCAACUUCAGAUUGCAAUGGGAAUCCCCCUGCAUAGAAUUAAAGACAUUCGCAUGCUGUAUGGAGAAAGUCCGUGGGGUGACACCAUCAUUAACUUUGAGACGCCGGAGUUCAUGCCAAGUCCAAGAGGGCACGUCAUAGCUGCUCGGAUCACCAGUGAAAACCCUGAUGAGGGGUUCAAGCCGAGCUCUGGCACCGUGCAGGAGCUGAACUUCCGCAGCAGUAAAAACGUCUGGGGUUAUUUCAGCGUGGGGGCGACUGGGGGCCUCCAUGAAUUUGCAGAUUCCCAGUUUGGACACUGUUUCUCAUGGGGCGAGAACCGUGAAGAGGCCAUCUCGAACAUGGUGGUGGCUAUGAAGGAGCUGUCCAUCAGAGGUGAUUUCAGGACAACAGUCGAAUACCUCAUUAAACUACUAGAGACAGAAAGCUUUCGAAACAAUGACAUUGACACUGGCUGGUUGGAUCAUCUCAUUGCAGAGAAAGUGCAGGCAGAGAGACCAGAGACCAUGCUGGGGGUUGUCUGUGGAGCUUUGCAUGUUGCUGAUUCUAGCUUUAGAAAGAGUAUGUCCGACUACCUACAUUCACUGGAGAGAGGCCAAGUACUGCCUGCAAACAGUCUGCUCAACUCUGUCAGUGUGGACCUAAUAUAUGAAGGAGUCAAAUUCUGUCUGAAGGUGGCUCGGCAAUCCCCAACAACUUAUGUCAUCAUGAUGAAUGGCUCCAACAUUGAAAUAGAUGUCCACAGGCUGAGUGACGGUGGCCUCCUGCUGUGCUAUGAUGGCUGCAGCCACACCACCUACAUGAAAGAGGAAGUAGACAGCUACCGCAUCACUGUUGGCAACAAGACUUGCGUAUUUGAGAAGGAAAAGGAUCCCACAGUGCUGAGGUCGCCCUCUGCUGGCAAACUGCUGCAAUAUGUGGUUGAGGACGGAGGUCAUAUUUUUGCAGGAGAAACCUAUGCAGAGAUUGAGGUGAUGAAGAUGGUGAUGGCUCUGACUGUACAGCAGUCUGGCUGUGUCCACUUUGUCAAGAGACCAGGGGCAGUUCUUGAGCAUGGCUGCGUGGUGGCAAAUAUGGACCUUGAUGACCCCAGCAAUAUAGCUAGAGUGGAACUCAACACAGCCACACUGCCACCGCAGCAGCCACUGCCCAUGGUAGGGGAGAAGCUUCACCAGGUGUUUCACAGUGUGCUCGAAAACCUGUUUAAAGUGAUGGAUGGGUACUGCCUUGAAGAGCCCUACUUUAGCAGCAAGCUGAAGCAGUGGGUGGCUACUCUGAUGAAGACUCUGAGGGACCCCUCCCUGCCGCUGCUGGAACUCCAGGAGAUCAUGACGAGUGUAGCUGGUCGCAUCCCAGUGAGCGUUGAGACAGAUAUCCGCAAAGUCAUGGCGCGAUACGCGAGCAACAUCACCUCUGUCCUCUGCCAGUUUCCCAGUCAAAGGAUUGCCAACAUUUUAGACAGCCAUGCAGCGACCUUACAGAGGAAGGCUGACCGAGAGGUUUUCUUCAUGAACACUCAGAGUAUUGUACAGCUAGUACAGAGAUUUCGUAGUGGAAUCCGUGGUUAUAUGAAGUCUGUGGUUCUCGAUCUGCUGAGGCACUACCUGCAGGUAGAAAUGCAGUUUCAACAAGCUCACUAUGAUAAGUGUGUUAUCCACCUGAGAGAACAACACAAACCUGAUAUGAGUCCUGUGCUUGACUACAUCUUCUCUCAUGCUCAGGUCUCCAAGAAGAACGUCUUGGUCACAAUGCUCAUAGACCAAUUGUGUGGACGAGAUUCCACCCUGGCAGAUGAGCUCAUGGUCAUUCUGAAUGAACUCACACAGCUGAGCAAGAUGGAGAACUCAAAGGUGGCCUUAAGAGCCAGACAGGUCUUGAUUGCCUCCCAUUUACCAUCAUAUGAACUGAGACACAACCAGGUGGAGUCCAUCUUCCUGUCGGCCAUUGACAUGUAUGGCCACCAGUUUUGCCCGGAGAACUUGAAGAAACUGAUUCUCUCUGAAACAUCAAUUUUCGAUGUUUUGCCCAAUUUCUUCUAUCACUCCAAUCAAGUUGUGUGCAUGGCUGCAUUGGAGGUGUAUGUUCGCAGGGGUUAUAUUGCCUACGAACUUAACAGCGUCCAGCAUCACCAACUGCAGGAUGGCACGUGUGCUGUAGACUUCCAGUUUAUGUUGCCAUCGUCACAUCCAAACAGAGGGAGCAGCCGUACUCUGAACAGGGUUCCUGUACCAGUGAAUGGAUCAGGCCAGUUUAAAAUCAGGCGGCAGAGCAGCGAACUCUUCCUCGAGGGAGCCUUGUCUCCACCCUGCCAGCGCAUGGGGGCCAUGGUGGCUUUCCAGUGUUUUGAUGACUUCAAAAGGAAUUUUGAUGAAGUUCUGUCCAGUUUUGCAGAACCACUUGACGGUGCUUUUUUCUUAGAGUCCUGCUCCAGUCUCUAUGAGGAGGAGAACUUUAAGAAUGUCAAGGAGAACCCAAUUCACAUCAUUAAUGUGUCCAUAAAAACAGCAGACACAGACGAUGACAGUGCUUUGGUCACAGCCUUCACGUCCUUUGCCCAGUCAAAGAAAGCAGUCCUGUUUGACUAUGGAAUCAGAAGGAUCACAUUUUUGAUUGCACAGAAGAGAGAAUUUCCGAAGUUCUUCACAUUCAGAGCAAGAGACGGGUUCCAGGAGGAUCGGAUUUAUCGGAAUCUGGAACCAGCUUUAGCAUUUCAGUUGGAGCUCAACCGAAUGAGGAACUUUGAUCUGACUGCUGUUCCCUGUGCCAACCACAAGAUGCACCUCUACCUGGGUGCUGCUCGUGUUCAGGAGGGAGCUGAAGUUACAGAUUACCGCUUCUUCAUCAGAGCAAUUAUCCGACACUCAGAUCUCAUUACAAAGGAAGCUUCCUUUGAAUACCUGCAAAAUGAGGGUGAGCGUCUUCUGCUGGAAGCCAUGGAUGAGUUGGAAGUGGCCUUCAGUAACACCAGUGUCCGCACAGACUGCAAUCACAUCUUCCUCAACUUUGUACCCACUGUCAUCAUGGACCCCUCUAAAAUAGAGGAGUCUGUCCGCUCCAUGGUGAUGCGCUAUGGCAGUCGUCUUUGGAAGCUGCGGGUCCUGCAGGCUGAGCUGAAGAUCAACAUUCGUCUGACAACUACUGGAAAUGCUGUUCCUAUCCGCCUCUUUCUCACAAAUGAAUCUGGCUAUUAUUUGGACAUCAGCUUGUAUAAAGAAGUCACCGACCCAAGUUCUGGGCAGAUCAUGUUCCAGUCAUAUGGAGACAAGCAGGGUCCUUUGCAUGGCAUGCUCAUCAACACUCCCUAUGUGACCAAAGACCUGCUGCAGGCCAAACGCUUCCAGGCUCAAACUCUGGGAACUACAUACGUCUAUGACUUCCCUGAGAUGUUCAGACAGGCCUUGUUCAAGCUGUGGGGUCCAGGAGACAAAUGCCCUAAAGACGUGCUGACGUGCAAUGAGCUCGUCCUGGAUCCACAAGGACGACUGGUGCAGAUGAACCGGCUGCCUGGAGACAAUGACGUGGGAAUGGUUGCCUUCAGGAUGAGGAUGAAGACUCCAGAGUACCCAGAAGGCAGAGACAUUAUUGUCAUCUGUAAUGACAUCACUCACAUGAUCGGCUCAUUCGGUCCUCAGGAGGAUGAGCUGUACCUCAGGGCUUCUGAGCUGGCUCGAGCUGAAGGAAUCCCUCGCAUUUACAUUGCAGCCAACAGUGGAGCACGAAUCGGUCUUGCUGAAGAGGUCAAACACAUGUUCCAGGUGGCCUGGAUUGACCCUGCUGAUCCCUACAAGGGUUUCAAAUACCUUUACCUGACGCCACAGGACUACACUCGUAUCAGCUCCACCAAUUCUGUUCACUGUCACCACGUAGAAGAAGGUGGAGAAUCCAGGUACAUCAUCACUGACAUCAUUGGGAAGGAUGAAGGCCUUGGGGUCGAGAACCUGCGAGGUUCUGGCACCAUUGCUGGAGAAUCUUCUCUGGCCUAUGAAGAGAUAAUUACAAUCAGUAUGGUGACGUGCCGCGCAAUUGGAAUCGGAGCCUAUCUAGUCCGUUUGGGUCAGCGAGUUAUCCAAGUGGAGAACUCUCACAUCAUCCUGACUGGAGCAGUAGCUCUAAACAAGGUUCUGGGCAGAGAGGUUUACACGUCCAGCAACCAGCUGGGAGGAGUCCAGAUCAUGCACAAUAAUGGAGUCACACACACCACUGUGCCAGAUGACUUUGAGGGUGUCUACACCAUCCUCCAGUGGCUCUCAUACAUGCCAAAGAACAAACACUCACCUGUGCCUGUAAUGGCAACUACAGAUCCAGUGGACAGAGAGAUAGAAUUUACUCCUACUAAAGCACCAUAUGACCCUCGCUGGAUGCUGGCUGGCCGGCCUCAUCCCACGGUGAGAGGCGCCUGGCAGAGUGGAUUCUUUGACCACGGCUCUUUCAUGGAGAUACUGGAGUCCUGGGCUCAGACAGUGGUAGUGGGCAGAGCACGAUUAGGAGGAAUCCCUCUUGGUGUCAUUGCUGUUGAAACGCGCACAGUUGAACUCACUGUCCCGGCAGAUCCAGCAAACCUGGAUUCAGAAUCCAAAGUUCUGCAGCAGGCGGGCCAGGUGUGGUUUCCAGAUUCAGCUUUUAAAACAGCUCAGGCAAUUUGUGACUUCAACCGUGAACGCCUGCCUCUCAUGGUGUUUGCCAACUGGAGAGGCUUCUCUGGGGGCAUGAAGGAUAUGUACGAUCAGAUUUUAAAGUUUGGGGCCUACAUUGUGGAUGCCCUCCGUGGUUUCCAGCAGCCAGUGCUGGUGUACAUCCCACCACAUGCUGAGCUGAGAGGGGGGUCCUGGGUGGUGAUAGACCCCACCAUCAACCCCCUGUGCAUGGAGCUCUAUGCUGACAAGGAGAGCAGGGGUGGUGUGCUAGAGCCCGAAGGUACAGUCGAGAUCAAAUUCAGGAGGAAGGACCUGCUGAAGACGAUGAAAAGACUAGAUUCAGUCUAUGCUAGUCUGGUUGAGCAGCUCGCUUCCCCAGAGCUGUCUGACAAACAGUGCAGAGAGCUGGAGGCAAAGCUCAAAGCAAGAGAGGAGUUCCUGUCGCCCAUCUACCACCAGGUGGCAGUGCAGUUUGUAGACCUCCAUGACACUCCAGGCAGGAUGCAGGAGAAAGGUGUCAUCACGGACAUUUUGGACUGGAAGAAUGUGCGGACCUUUUUCUACUGGCGUCUGCGUCGCCUCCUGUUGGAGCAGGUGGUGAAGUGUGAGAUCCUACAGGCCAACAGGGAUCUUAGUGAUGGACACAUGCAGUCAAUGCUGCGACGCUGGUUUGUUGAAACAGAGGGAACAGUCAAGGCUUAUCUCUGGGAUAAUAACCAAGCAGUUGUCGAGUGGCUUGAGAAGCAUUUGUCCAAGGAGGAUGAUACAAGAUCGGCCAUCCGAGAGAAUAUCAAGUACUUGAAAAGAGAAAACACUCUAAAACACAUUCGCAGUCUGGUGCAGGCCAACCCUGAUGUGGCUAUGGACUGCAUCAUCCACAUGAGCCAGAACAUCACUUCAGCCCAGAGGGCCAAGCUGUCACAUCUGCUCACCACUAUGGACAGCACCAGCACCAGUUAAGCUGUUGGACUUUAUCAGGUCAUUAUAUUAAAAAGAAUUAAAAAACUCCAUUGUCGUUUAUAGUACUGUUAAAAUUUAUCGGUACUGAAGCGUAGCAUACUGUAAUAUUAGAAGGUGGACAAAAUAAAGUCACACAGUCUUGAGUUUGAGGGUUAUAGUAUAGGUAAUUAUAAAAAUACACGCACAAGGACAGUACUGCCUUUCGUCAACUGUGCCCUGCUGAGUGACGUUUCCACCUGUCUCAAGUUAAUCAGGCUUCAUGACGUAGAAGACUUGAUAUUUAGGUGCUAAGUAUCCCGUUUAGUUUAAAGUAUUACGUAGAGAAUGUGUGUUCAUCUUUGAAUGUAGAAAUAAGCUCAAACAACUGAUCAGUUCUUUGAUUACAAUUCAAAAGCCAAAAAGUGUUGAAAUCAGUUCACUCUGGAAAAAAUAGGAAUUUUGAUUAGUAUUGUAAUCCAGAAGUGCACAUGAACAAGCAGAUUUCUAUUGAACAGUAUUUGUUGUUUCACUAUUGACGUUUAACUCAGUCCAUCAGUUUCAUUGUCACUUUGUCUGUUUUACGUUGCGUGUUUAAGACAAAGGUAUGAAUGAUAGAAGGUAGUGUGACACUUUGGGAUACUUGUGAGCAUUUCAUUCACUUUUAUCUGCAUCCUUAUGACAAAAAGCAACUCAGGUUUCAAUGGAGAUUGUCUCUCCAAGGAUGUGUUGAUUUGCCUUACCACUGACUGAAAUACCAGAAACAUCAGCCACAACUUUACAUUUGAAUGUAUAUAAAAUCUUUCAUAUUUCCUGUAUUCUACCAAGGGCUGUUUGUUAAUAAAUGUCAUUGAUAUAUUUAAAUUUAAAGAA